UCUCACAAAAAAAAGUUUUUUUUUUAUCCUUCACACCACCACCGCCACCACCUUCGUAUGAAAGUUACCACAUGAACACGUAUUCACAACACACGCACACAUAUACAUACAUACGUACGUACAUACUUAUAUACGUACACAUCCAUGUGAUAUAACACUAACCUUGAAACUUCGUAGGAAGCUUUUAGUCUUCGUCAAUCGUCACCCGAGUUGCGCCUUCUCCACGCCUCUCAACAGGAAACGAAAAUGGCACUUCUAUAGAACACAUACAUACACACGCCUGUAUAUAUACCCAUAUAUAUAUAUAUGCAUAGAACAUGAGUCGGAGUGAAGAAGAUAUUGGGAGGAUGAACUUAGCAAGGAGUUUCAGCAAUGAAACCCAAUUUGGGUUCGAGUUGUCAGAACUGUGCUUAUCGGAAGAAUGGAUGGAUGAUGAUCUUGCGUCGGUGGUUUCGGGGCAGAUGCAGCAGAAGAUGCAUCAUUUCGAUUUCGGGUAUCAAGCCAGCGAUGUUGGCAGUUACGAACGAGGUAGCUCUAGCAACAACAUUCCCGAAAUACCAAGUACUGAUACUUCUUAUACCACGGCUGCAGCUGCUAACGGAAAUGAGAACGAAACCAAGAAAGAAAAGAAGACAGUAAAAGAGAGAGUGGCAUUCAAGACGCAGUCUGAGGUUGAGGUGCUUGAUGAUGGGUACAAAUGGAGGAAGUAUGGGAAGAAGAUGGUGAAGAACAGCAAAUAUCCCAGGAACUACUACAAAUGCUCGGUUGACGGAUGCCCCGUGAAGAAAAGGGUAGAAAGAGAUAGAGAUGAACCGAGCUUCGUGAUAACAACUUACGAGGGAUCCCACAAUCACUCGAGUAUGCACUAGAUUUUUCGGGAGUUUAUCCGCAUCUUUUCCAAAUCUAUGGCAGAGCUCAAGAGAGAAGACUAUGGUGAUCUGAGGAAUAAUGGUGGACAAGAAGCUCCAGCAUCCGCCAUAUGAUUCUCUGCCCUUGACCCACCGUGCCUUCCUGUGGAUAAGAAAGAACUAAGAACAGAAAUGCAUAUGGACUAUAUAGCAGACAUCGGUACUAGAGAUUUAUUAUACUUAUGCCUUUUCACAUCUAUUCUUGUAAGAGAUAAAAAUAUUCGAGAUAUACAGCAUCCAUAAAUAUGUAGUACUCUUAUA